AUGAAGCUCAUCUCGUCUCUUGUCCUCUUCCUCCUUUGCGGCGGCGUUUCCGCCUCUCAUGAAGGCUGGUGCAAGUCGAAGGAAUCUACCUGCGUCCUCACGAAUCCAGGGAAGACCGAGGCAGAAAAGAAGGAGUUCGACAAGUACAAAUGCCACCGCAAUUAUCCGUGCGAGGAAGAAGGCCACCCCUGCUCGUUCGACAAGAGCAGCAAGGGGUACGUUUGCCAGUGA